AUGUUCAAGAAGACUUGUGUGUCGGGUGUUGCUUCUUUGAAGAGCAAUCGAUUGGUUUCAUCAUCAUCAUCAACAAUGAGAUCAUUCCAUCAAUCCUAUUCAUUGAAUCAACAUAGAGAAAAGUUGAAAGUUGGUUUUAUUGGAUUAGGACAAAUGGGUGCAAGAAUGGCUCCAAACCUUCUCAAACCAGAUGUAAAUGCAUUUGAUGUCUAUGCCUAUGAUGUUAUGGAUUCCAAUGUUGACUUGACAUUGAAAAAACAACCAAAUAUCAAAGCCUGCAAAUCUAUUGACCAAAUCAUGCAACAAAACCCUGAUUGUGUGAUCACCAUGCUUCCAACACCAAAAAUUGUUACUGAAGUGUACAAUGAAGUGAUUUCACUCAAAGAAAAGUAUGGUGUUACCAAGGCCGACCAUUCCAACAUCCGAACUGUUUGCAUUGACAGCAGCACUGUAGAUCCAAAGACAGUCCAAGAUAUUCAACAUUUGAUGGAACAACAGAAAUUAAACAUUAGUAUUAUGGAUGCACCUGUGAGUGGCGGUGUCAAUGGUGCUGAGAAUGCUACUCUUACUUUCAUGGUAGGAACUGAUAAUAAGACUGAUUUUGAAUUUGCAAAGACUUUACUUUCCAAGAUGGGUAAAUCCAUUGUUUUGUGUGGUGACAAAGUUGGAAUGGGACAAGUUGCCAAAUUAUGUAACAACUUGGUUUUGGCUAUUUCCAUGGCUGGAGUGAGUGAAGCUUUAGUAUUAGGAACACAAUUGGGAAUGGAUCCAAAAGUUUUGAGUCAAAUCUUUGGAACUUCUACUGCUCAAUGUUGGUCAGUCACUUCCUAUAAUCCUUAUCCUGGUGUAAUGGAGAAUGUUCCAAGCAGUAGAAAUUAUGAAGGCGGAUUUGCUGUCAAUUUAAUGUUGAAAGAUCUUGGAUUAGUGAAUGGAGCUGCAAAGAAUAUUGGAUAUGAUUUGGCCAUGGGACAAAUGGUUGAGCAAUUGUACAAGCAAGCUUCCACCAAUGGGUUAGGACAAAAAGAUUUUGGAGCUAUCCUUAAAUAUUUCAAAGAUCAAUUAGAGACCAAGUAA